AUGAGCGCAGCAGCUAUCGACCUAAAUCAUAUGGAUUUAGAAAACAUAACCAAAGAGGAUUUACAAGAGAGUCGCAAGAAUCUACUAAACGAAUUAAGGUUUGUAGAAACUGAAAAACAGAAUCUCUUCAACGAUAAGCAGGAUUUUCUUAAAGUUCUGAAAAAAUUUAACGAUUACAAGGAUGAGCUUAAAAUCCAUUUCCAGAGAGAGAAAAAUGAUUUCGGUGACGAAAAUCAACGUCUAGAAGAAAAGAAACGGAGGCUUGAGCAGGAAAGCAAAGAUUUGCACACAGCUAAGACAGAAAUUCAAAAAGAAUGGAAGCAGAUUGAAGAAGUUAAAACAUCAAAUCAGGAAUUUCUAGAAGAUUUGAUUACGAAAAAAUCUGAAACGGAAAAGCUUUGGAAAUCGCUGCAAGACAGCAAAGCAAACGCGAUUGAAGAAAUAAACCAGAUGAAAAGAGAUCUGGAGAAAGAGAAAUUCGAUUUUGAAGAAUCAAAGAAAUUAUCAGAAAACAAACUUCAAGAACUGAGACAAGCUUUGCAGGCCGAGAGAGACGAGUUCGAACAGCAUAAGUCUAGCUCAGAGCAGGAGACUGAAGAUGCUCGACAGAUUCUGCAAGAAGAGAAAGAAAAUCUACAACUUCUUUGGCGAAAUCUGGAGGAAGAGAAGAUGGAUUUUACAAAUAUGCUUCAAAUAGAAAACCUAACGUUAACUGAAAGUCAAAAUCAUUUACAGAAAGUUUAUCAAGAUGUAAUUCUCCAGACAAAAGCCCUGCAGGAAGAUCAGUUGAACUUUCACAAAGCAAAGGCUGAAACGAUUCUCUUUCUUGAACUGAUAAAAGCAGAAAGACUUCGUCUAAAAAAGGGUCAGAACGAUUUGCAGGAGGGAUUAGAAGACCUGAUUCUUGAUAGGAAAAUGUUUCAGAAGGAAAUGAUUCACUUUGAAACACAGAAGACAGACUCUGAAACGGAGAACGCAGAAAUAUACAGCCGUCUCCAAGAGGGGUUCGACAUUUUACAUGUCGAGAAGGAAAGUCUGAUGCAACAGACGGCAGAAUUUGAGGAUAAAGAGAAAGACUCAAAUCAGCUUUAUCUGGAAAUGUAUCAGACUCUCCAGGAUGAAAGGGAAAAUUUAGAGCUGAUGAAACAGAGUCUGCAGGAGGAAAAGAAUCAGUUUGUUGAACUGAUGAAAACAGAACAUCUUAGUUUACAUGAGAAACAAAAAGAUCUGGAGAAGGGACUAGACGACCUGAUUCUUGAUAGGAAAAUGUUUCAGAAGGAAAUGAUUCACUUUCAGCAGAAAAAGGAAGAUUCACUUCAUGAAACAAAUUCAGACCUUCAGACUCUGAAAGACGACAGAGAACGCUUAGAUCUGAUGAGGCAGGCUCUGGAACAGGAAACAGAGUUUGAAGAAGCAAAUCAAAAAGAAACCUCCAACAAAAAUAAUACAGAAACAGCUGCGGAGGACGAGGUAGAAAGUCCUUCUGCUCAGACUGAAUUUCUGCAGGAACGAAUGAUGAGUUUUGAACUUCCCCAGACUAAAUCUGAAGAGGAGAUACGUGAAAUGUACAAUUAUCUCCAACAUGGGCUUAUAUAUUUAGACGCUGGACUAGAACGUCUGGAAAAUCAGGAGAAUAUAUUUGAGGAGAUGGAGAAAGAGUCUGAUCAGACUUUACGAGACGUCCUGCGGGGUCUCCAGGAGGAGAGAGAUAGUUUAGAAAUGAUGAAACACAGCCUGGAGGAAGAAAAACUGGAGUUUGAAAAAGUGAUUGCAACAGAAAAACUUAGUUUACAAGAGAGACAAAAAGAUCUGGAGAAGGGAUUAGAAGAUCUGAUUCUGGAUAGGAAAAUGUUUCAGAAGGAAAUGAUUCACUUUGAAACACAGAAGACAGAAUCUGAAACGGAGAACGCAGAAAUAUACAGCCGUCUCCAAGAGAGGUUCAACAUUUUACAUGUCGAGAAGGAAAGUCUGAUGCAACAGACGGCAGAAUUUGAGGAUAAAGAGAAAGAAUCAAAUCAGCUUUAUCUGGAAGUGUAUCAGACUCUCCAGGAUGAAAGGGAAAAUUUAGAGCUGAUGAAACAGAGUCUGCAGGAGGAAAAGAAUCAGUUUGUUGAACUGAUGAAAACAGAACAUCUUAGUUUACAUGAGAAACAAAAAGAUCUGGAGAAGGGACUAGACGACCUGAUUCUUGAUAGGAAAAUGUUUCAGAAGGAAAUGAUUCACUUUCAGCAGAAAAAGGAAGAUUCACUUCAUGAAACAAAUUCAGACCUUCAGACUCUGAAAGACGGCAGAGAAGGCUUAGAUCUGAUGAGGCAGGCUCUGGAACAGGAAACAGAGUUUGAAGAAGCAAAUCAAAAAGAAACCUCCAACAAAAAUAAUACAGAAACAGCUGCGGAGGACGAGGUAGAAAGUCCUUCUGCUCAGACUGAAUUUCUGCAGGAACGAAUGAUGAGUUUUGAACUUCCCCAGACUAAAUCUGAAGAGGAGAUACGUGAAAUGUACAAUUAUCUCCAACAUGGGCUUAUAUAUUUAGACGCUGGACUAGAACGUCUGGAAAAUCAGGAGAAUAUAUUUGAGGAGAUGGAGAAAGAGUCUGAUCAGACUUUACGAGACGUCCUGCGGGGUCUCCAGGAGGAGAGAGAUAGUUUAGAAAUGAUGAAACACAGCCUGGAGGAAGAAAAACUGGAGUUUGAAAAAGUGAUUGCAACAGAAAAACUUAGUUUACAUGAGAGACAAAAAGAUCUGGAGAAGGGACUAGACGACCUGAUUCUUGAUAGGAAAAUGUUUCAGAAGGAAAUGAUUCACUUUCAGCAGAAAAAGGAAGAUUCACUUCAUGAAACAAAUUCAGACCUUCAGACUCUGAAAGAUGUGAGAGAAGGCUUAGAGCUGGUGAGGCAAGCUCUGGAACAGGAAACAGAGUUUGAAGAAGCAAAGACGAGUUUCAAGAAUCCGAAGGACCAACAGCAUUUAAUUUAG